UUCUCUGUACAUGUUUUCUUCUGUUGUUAUAAGCUACUAUCUUCCCUUAGCCUACAAGUCAUCAAAUGCUCUCAAAUUAAACAACUCCAAGAAUUCUCUAAAAUUAACUUUGGUUCCUCUAUAUUCUCUAGGAAAUAAUGGAUGGUUCAUAUGUGAAUAAUAAGGGAUCACCAAGUUACUGUAAUGCACAAGAAGAGAGUGGAUGGACAACUUAUUUGGAGGACUUUUCAAUGGAAAAUAAUAACAGGGAAAAUAAUAGUUCAUGUUGUGAGGAUGAUAGUUUUGGUAGCCCUUCUUUGUUAUCUGAUGCUGCUUCUCAUGCUGUUAAUUGGAAGAAUUGUAACACCAAUAAUCAAGUCUUGAAUUCAUAUAAUUCUCCUAUGGGUGGCUCACCAUUUCUUAAGAGAUUGAAUUUGAAGAAACCAAGGAACAAGAAAAUCUCUGAUCCUGAUUUAGAAGACACUGCUAGCUCUCCUGUCAAUAGUCCUAAGGUAAGUAGUUUUAAGCAGAUGGACAUCAAUUACCAAAGAGCAGACAACAGUAGUGGAAAUUUCCUGGGAAGUAUUGAAAGUGGUUCUAUACAACAGCAACAAAUGCAGACAUUAGAAAGAAAUAAUGUGUGUUUUGAUGGAAAAAACAAUAGCUAUAUGGACCUGAAGAAGAAGGGACUCUGUCUUGUGCCAUUGUCCAUGUUAGUCAAAUAUCGAGGCUGAUUAUCUCCUUAAUUCAGCUCUCUCCAUGUAAAAAAUAUCAUUUUCUGUUAUUUCUAGGGAAAGGAAUGUAUUAUUAUAUGAAAACUGGCAAAAAGAUUAAUAAAAACAAAAUUGUGAAAGUGGUAUUAGUUCUUCUCUUGCACGUGUGUUAUUGGACAGCAGGAAGGUCCCAAAUACUUAUGUGUUAUAUUUGAGAAAACUUACACAAUUGUAUUCCUUACGUUUUUUUAUUGAAAAACUCUCUGUUUCAU